CAUGUUUCGACACGAGCACAGUUGAGGGUCACACACACAACAAAACUUUCAGCCGCUGAGAAAACUAACUACACUGUGUGUGAAGGGAAGUUUGAAAAAGGUGAAGCAUGUCUGAGCUAAGUGAUGAAGCUAGUGAAUCAGAGCAGCUGGGUGCCAGUCUCUCCCUGUGGCUGGGUGACUCCCUUGUCCGACCUGAGGAGCUGGGUCCUCUGGACCUGCACACGGCCUGCUCCAUCGGACAGUACGAUGUGGUGGCUGAGUGCAUCAAAAAACAUGAGGUGGAUCUGGAUGGCAAGAACAUUGGAGGAUGGACCCCGUUGAUGUAUGCCUCUUACAUCGGCCAUGACAACAUAACAAACUUGCUGCUGGAGGCUGGUGUGAAUGUAAAUGCCUCCACUGCCAAAGGGUUAACCCCCCUGAUGCUGGCAGCAAGCUGUGGGAAUGAAAGUAUUGCAUACUUUCUGCUUCAGCAAGGUGCUGAGUUGGAGCUGAAGGACUCCAGAGGCUGGACCGCUCUAUUCCACUGCACGAGCACAGGCCACCAGCAGAUGGUCAAGUUCCUGCUGGACAACAAUGCUAACGCUAAUGUCAAGGAGCCGGGGUCUGGCUUCACUCCCCUGAUGGAGGCUGCUGCUUCUGGACAUGAAAUCAUUGUUCAGUACCUGCUCGAUCAUAAAGUUAAAGUGGAUGAUCGCAAUGCCAAAGGAGAGACCGCCCGUGCUCUGGCAAUGUUGUACGGAUAUACCAAAAUCGUUAGCCUCAUCGACCUACGUUCUCCAAGGAUUAAACCAGGACACUUUGAAGACCUGAGCUCCUCCGAGGAUUCAGACAGUGCACCCCCGAGGAUAAGAAACAGAAACCGAGCUAAAGGCAUUAGCAUCCACGACGGGCCCCAGGCCAUCGCCAAGUUCCGAGUAGGAGGCUCCAACAAACCGUGUGAGCCAUCAUCAGUGCCUCCAGGCUACAUGACGUUUCGGGAUGUUGGUGAACAGAGUGAAGCCAUCUGCUACCGUGAUGUGACGUCUCCCAUCAACGAGUUAGAUGGUCAGAGCAACAGCAGCAGAGACGACAGUCCGUUCUUCGACAACGACAUGCCCACCAUGAGGAGCAGCAGCAGCAGCAGCGAGGGUCUCCCGCAGGUGAUCGGCCUCAGCUGGGAAGGCUCCGUGGAGAGUAACGAGGACUCCGAUCAGUGCAAAAAGAGCAGCUCUCGCAGAGUAAACAAAGGUCAUCACUCUAAAGGCAAAGGUCGCCAUGGUAACAACGAUGCAGCUCACUCUAGUGGUACGAUGAACUGUGGGAUGCGGUCACCUCUUGUCCCUCCUCCCUCUCACUCUGGUCCAAAGGAUCUUGCAGAGUUCUUGGAGCAAAUCGGCUUCUCGAAGUAUCUCCCCUUGCUUGUGGAGCAAGACAUCGACCUGAGGAUAUUUCUCACUCUGACUGAGAAUGAUCUCAAGGAAAUAGGAAUCACAUUGUUUGGACCAAAGCGUAAGAUGACAUCUGCUAUCGCAAGGUGGCACAGUAAUGCUCGACCGCCCAGCGACACUCUGGAACAAGCGUAUGCCGACCAGCUCGAGGCCGAGAUGCAGGAGAUGGCUAUUCAGCUACACAAGCAUUGUGAGGAGGCAGAGAGCCUGCAGAGCCAGGUGUCUCAGGAGAAGGAGCUGCGCACCGUGAUGGAGGGAUGUCUGAUGGAAGACAAGAUGGCAUGGAGGAGGGUGCACACUGAGCUGGUGGAGAACCACCGCUACGCUCAGGAGAUGAGCGCCACACUGGCAGAGUCCAAAGCCUGUCUCACUAAACUGCUCUCCUGUUUCACUACGGGCAAGAACAGCAGCUCUAGCACUGGCUUGGAAGAUAAAAUGAAAGAUGACACUGGUGAUGAAGCCGGAGACGGUGUGACAAAUGUAGCAGAGCUGAUAAAGAAGCUGGAUUUCUACGAAGAAGAACUGGCGGGGAAACUGCAGACUGUGCUGCAGAGUCUGAGGCGACUAAGCGCCCCUGAAAAAGUCUCCGACAGCUGGGAGCGCCCUUAACCUCUCCUGAAGAGGCUUUUGACAGGAUUCGACGGCGGGUGAUUUAACCACCCGGAACAAUCUCACUGAAAUGAGAGAAAGGCCAAAAGACAAGGCCAGCCCUGCAGAACCCAGAACGGCUGAGGGACCAAGCAGCUGACGUACUGCUCCUCUGGGAUUGGCUGACGGAGCAGAGAUCGCCAGAUCGGCGCAAGCGGGGGGCAGCUGCUGCAGAGAAAAGACAAACAGGCAGGAAGGGUACUGGACCCUGACUCGCUUGUGCUGGUGUGAACUGGACUCCUGUAGUCAGGGAGGAGCGAGGAGGACUGAUCCUAGUUUAAAGGAUGUUACACUGUGAAAUGUAUAAAAAAACUGAACUCUCUUCAAUGAAUUGUGGUUUUAAGUUCAUACAACCAGCAGAAGAGGUGGCUUUCUUAAAAGUUGAAGAAGUUCAAAGACAUUCUGAAUAGCUGUACUUUAUUCAAAAGAAAUAUUUGUAUGCUGUCUUUGUGUUUGUAAAAAACGUCCUGCUGAAUGUAUUUUGAAGAGGAGAGACAUUUAUGAAACAUGUUAGUUAAUUAAAUUUAUAUAUAUCGCAAAACAUUUUCUCAUUCCAGGAGAGGUUUUUUCAAUCUAUUGUGCUGAAACUCUUUUUGACAAUGUCAUGUGUACAUGCAGAAUGAAAUGAUUCUUGUUGUUCUUUUCUUAACAUUUAAGAAAUGAUUCAGGGGUGCAGUCCAGAGGUUACUCAUCAUUCAGUGGAUUCACUGUGUAUCUUUUCAACUGUGCACUGUUUACCUAGAAGUCCUCAAACAAAAGGUUCAAACAUAGACUUGGUUUGUAUGUGGGUCUGUAUUAAAACUCCUUUUGAUGGAUACCUA